AUCCUGGAUUGCGCACUGAAAGGAAAGUGUGAAAGUUGGUACAGGACACCACAGUCCUUUGUAAUAAUACAUUUCCAAAUGUAAAAAAUUCUUGAAACUGGGAGAUUUCAUCAUCAAGGCCACUGAUACUUUUUUAUAUGCAUGGGAGAGAGGUUAGAUCUCACAUGAGAAGCCUCUGCUGCUUGGAAGAGAACUAAGAGGUCAACAGAUACAAACCCACCAACACAACCAUGAAGCCAGGCAGCUUUUUCCUCCUCACUUUGAUGGUCUUCUUUUUGUACUCAGGUGAGUCAUAUUUCAUACUGUAAAGGUUCCCCUUCUGGAGAGAUUUGCAUUUUGAGGCUCCCAUUAUAUGUUCCAUCUCAGAAAGAAACAUAAUGAUGCAUGGUUGUUUUUGAGGUUGCUUCCUCGUGCUACUACUACUACUACUACUACUACUACUAAUUUAUUUAUACCCCGCCCAUCUGGCUGGGCUUCCCCAACCCCUCUGGGCGGCUUCCAACAAAAUAUUAAAAUACAGUAAUGCAUCAAACAUUAAAAGCUUCCCUAAACAGGGCUGCCUUCAGAUAUCUUCUAAAAGUCUGGUAGUUGUUGUUCUCUUUGUCAUCUGGUGGGAGGGUGUUCCACAGGGCAGGUGCCACUACCGAGAAGGCCUUCUGCCUGGUUCCCUGUAACUUGGCUUCUCGCAGGGAGGGAACCGCCAGAAGGCCCUUGGCGCUGGACCUCAGUUUUCGGGUAGAACGAUGGGGGUGGAGCCGCUCCUUCAGAUAUACUGGACCGAGGCCGUUUAGGGCUUUAAAGGUCAGCACCAACACUUUGAAUUGUGCUCAGAAACGUACUGGGAGACAAUGUAGGUCUUUCAAGACCGGUGUUAUGUAGUCUUGGUGGCGGCUCCCAGUCACCAGUCUAGCUGCCGCAUUCUGGAUUAGUUGUAGUUUCCGGGUCACCUUCAAAGGUAGCCCCACAUAGAGCACAUUGCAGUAGUCCAAGCGAGAGAUAACCAGAGCAUGCACCACUUUGGCGAGACUGUCCGCGGGCAGGUAGGGUCUCAACCUGCGUACCAGAUGGAGCUGGUAGACCGCUGCCCUGGACACAGAAUUGAUUUCAGGAAAGGUGCCUGAAAUCCCUAAACACAGUAUUCUCAGUCAUACAAACAAAUAAUAAAUACCGUAUUUUCCCUUCUAUAACACGCAGAUUUUUUCUCCUAAAAAGUAAGGGGAAAUGUCUAUGCGUGUUAUUGAGCGAAUGUGUGGUCCCUGGAGCCGACUGGCCCGAGUGCAUCACACAUUUUCUUCGAGGGUCGUCUUCGUUGCGGUCAGCAGAAGCCAGGGAAGUGCUUGCUAGGAGGUUUGGCCACUCUGCAGCGUGACUGUGUGUUUGCUAGUGUGUGUGCUUUGUGAGUGUGUGGUUGCCUGUGUGUUUGUUCACUAGCGUGGGUGCUUGGAGGGAGUGAGAGAGUGACUGACUGCUGCAUCUUCUCCUGCAAUUUGCCUUUUAAAAAAUUGGAAGCAGCGGGGCAGUAAAAACCACCUCCGAAAGCCCCAUUUUUCCUUUCUAAGGCUGCAGCUCGGCUUUGGGAGCCCUGAACCCCUGCCUUGUUCUUGGGGGAUCUUUGAGGUUUUCCCUUUAGCUUUAACCCAGCCCCCUUAUUUUACCAGUUUAUCUUCAUUCUCGGUGUGGUAAACUGAUUGCAGGCAGCCACACGUGCGUUCGAGCCUCCCAAGAGAGAAAGCUGUUGUUUUCCUGCAUUCUGCCUCAGGGUCUUACUGCCCACCCUCUUCUGUUUCGUUACUGUGUUUGCUCAAACGGAACAAAGAGCAGAGAAAACCUCUCCCCUCCAGGCAAGCAGAGGGGAAAGCAGAGCGUCCUUCCUUCUAAUUCCUCUCCGUGCUCCGAUGCUGCUGCUGCUGCUGCUGCUGCAUCUAGGGACUCGCAGGCAACAUGCAGGUGGGGGGGGGGAGAGAGAGAGAGAGAGAGAGAGAGAGCUGGCUGGCUGGCUUGGGUGGGUGUGUGGGGGAACUUUUGCCUUCCUUUCCUCCCUCCGGUAAAACCCCUCUCCUGCAUUCUUAGCCAGCUGCUUCUCCGCACACUCCUCUCGGUGCUCCUUGUCCCUUCUAUGUUUUUCCUUCCCUCCCCACUUAAAAUGUGGUUACAAAGCACAGAUCCACAUGGAUCCUCAGGAUCUUUGCAUUGGGUCACCCCAAAUUCACCAUCAGAUCACAUAGCAUGUCCAUGGCUACAGCCUGCACCAAAAAAAUCACGCACCCACUGUUGCCUGGGGCUGCAAUGGUGCAAAAACGUGGUUACAAAGCAUGGAUCCACAUGGAUCCUCAGGAUCUUUGCAUAGGGUCACCCCAAAUUCAACAUCAGAUCACAUAGCAUAUCCAUGGCUAUAGCCUGUACCAAAAAAAUCACGCACCCACUGUUGCCUGGGGCUGCAAUGGUGCAAAAACGUGGUUACAAAGCACAGGUCCACAUGGAUUCUCAGGAUCUUUGCAUUGGGCUACCCCAAACUCACCGUCAAAUCACAUGUCUGUGGCCACAGCAUGAAGCACAAAAAUGAUACAUCCACUGUUUCAUUCAGAAUUUUUUUUCUUGUUUUCCUCCUCUAAAAACUAUGUGCCUGUUAUGGUCAGGUGCGUGUUAUCGAGCAAAAAAUACGGUAAAUAUGGAUUGACUUUAUAAUGUUUAUGUUCUUGGUGUUUUGGUUCUAGGUGCUGCCACUGAAGCAAUAAAUGAACGAAUGAGUGCUAGUUAUCUCUUUUUAUGCUAUUUCUCUUUAGUUAUUUAGAGUUAAGCUUUGUGAUACUGCAGUCCUCAUGGAUUUUUAUUUUAUUUUGAUAAAGAGUUAAAAAAUACAGGUAAUGCACAUACAUAACACAAAGCAAUCACUAAAAGAAUAAAGACACAUUGCAUUGGUCACAGCUUUUAAAACAAAGGAAGUGUUUAAGCGACUUGUGUUCUACUCUGUUAUAAUUUUUGCAGGUGGAGCUCAAGGCAGUUAACAAAUAAUUGAAUAAUAAUUGGAGUUAAAGUGUAUUAGCUAAAACAGGCUUCCUCAGCCUCGGCCCUCCAGAUGUUUAGAGACUACAAUUCCCAUCAUCCCUGACCACUGGUCCUGCUAGCUAGGGAUCAUGUGAGUUGUAGGCCAAAAACAUCUCGAGGGCAAAGGUUGAGGAAGUCUGAGCUAAAACAUGAAAUAAGAUGCAAAGAAACUUACAAAUGUCACAUUGUUCACUAUGGAAUUCCCCUUGCAGUCUAAAUGUCAAGGAGGGAAUAAUUCAACAGUGUCAUUUACCGGUACUUUUUCUGCAGGAAUAUUGUCGUGGGUAUCCCAAAGGAGCAUGCACCAAGGAGUUUAAUCCCCACUGUGGCUCUGAUGGCAUCACCUAUGACAACAAGUGUAUUUUCUGCAAUGCAUAUAUGUGAGUAUACAUUUCACUUAUAAAGUACAAAUUGAAAAGAGUGAGCAGAGCUACUUUGUAGGCAGCUCAAAAUUAGUAAAAUAUUUGAAGGAAAUGCUAUAAUUAAUAAAUCCCUCGUGUGGCAAUAAUACAGUUAUUGCAAAGGUAAUAAUGACCUAAUACAGGUGUUGCCCUACUUGUGGAUUUUGGAAGUGUCAACUCAAUUGAAAAAAAAUGACAUAAAAUGACAUUUUUAAAAGGAGAAUAUUUCACAAAGUGGUUUUGCAGCAAAUAUAUACAGCAAUAAUUAACUUGCCUUAUUUAGCUAUCAUGGUGCCAGGUGGGGGUGGUAUUUCAGGUUAGUUCACAUUUUAAUGCAAAAUUACCUAAUUUACAUUUCACAAACCAAUACGCAAACGGAAACAAAGCUAUCCUUUAAAAUUCACGUCUGUAAAUUUUGUGAUGCAGGUUUCCAGCUUAAGAAAACUGCAAAAAUGUGUAAAUUGGGAAAACAAUACAAAGUUUUGAGGGGGCAGGAGUUUGCACAAAAAUGCUCUCAAUUUUUAUGAAUGUCACAGAUUGAUUCAGUAACAUGAGGCACUAGAUUUAAGACUUCAGAAAUAAGAAAAUGAGAGAAACCCAAACUGACAUAUUGGUCCAUCUCUACUCAUCAUUGUAUUAUUUCUGUUUACGGAGUAAUGAUGAAGCAUGCAUCUUUUGGAUUAUCUCACUGAGUUCCUGGUUUUGUCUUUCCUUCAUCAGCGCAAGUGGAAGAGUACUGAGACUGAAGCACCUUGGAAAAUGCUAAAGACUAAGGAACAUCUAUUGAGGGAAAUGUCCCUUUCUCUUCAUGCUGCACUCAUACCAUCACCACAAAGAAAUAUAUUCUUCCUUCUGCUUAUACUUUGCAUUGCCAGCUAGUG